CCUCUCUCAGACACCCGAGCUUUCCCACUUCCCUCGCAGCCGUCAACCACCCACCUGUCUCUCCUCUCUUCCGACGAUUCAAAACCAGUACACUUCUACUCUCUCAGCUCUCUCCCUAGGGUUUCUCUCUCUCUCUCCAAUGGCGUCGGUGCAGAGCCACCUCUCUGCGUUUUCUUCCAUAGCCUCGUGCUAUUCGACUUCGUCUUCUUCGCCGUCGUCGGCCUUCUCUUCCACCGCCACCACUGCACUGGUUUCGGUCGGUAGGUCGCCGCAGCGUCGUCUGAAAUUCAACGGAGACGGGAGAAUUCGCCUCCAGCGGUCCGUAUGCCGAGCGAUGGUUCAGCAGGCCGUUCCAGGAGCUCCUGCUGCCUAUGCUAAGGAAAUGGAGAGGCUUUCCGCUAAAGAAUCGCUUCUUCUCGCCUUUAAGGAUGCUGGGGGUUUUGAGGCUUUAGUCACUGGGAAGACAACAGACAUGGAGCGGAUUGAUGUGAAUGAGAGGAUAACUGCUUUGGAGCGGGUCAAUCCAACACCACGUCCUACAACGUCGCCUUUUUUGGAAGGUCGAUGGAACUUCGAGUGGUUUGGAUCUGGAAGCCCAGGUUUUUUUGCUGCCAGAUUUUUGUUUGAGAGGUUUCCUUCAACUUUGGCUAGUUUGACAAAAAUGCAGGUGGUCAUCAAGGAUGGGAAUGCAAUGAUUACGGCAAAAUUGAAAGUGUUCAACUCGAUAGAAAGCAAAUUUACUUUGUCAACCAAGUUAACUGUGGAGGGACCAGUUCGAAUGAAAGAGGAAUAUGUUGAGGGGAUUCUUGAGACACCAAAAGUUAUUGAAGAGACAAUACCAGACCAGCUAAAAGGUGCACUUGGUCAGGCCGUAAACACAGUGCAACAACUUCCUCUGGUUAUUAGGGAUGCCUUUUCCAGUGGGCUGAAAGUUCCUUUAACUGGAUCUUUCGAGAGACUCUUCAUGAUCUCCUAUCUUGAUACCGAGAUACUUAUAAUACGAGAUGCUGCUGGAGUUCCUGAAGUGCUUACCAGGCUGGAAGAAGGCAUCAUAGAGUAUGAAAGCUAAAGGGUGCUUUAUGUAAGGGAACUCAAUUUUUCUAUUUUUUUUUCCUGCAUAUUUCAAGUAAAACAACUUCUAUACUUUACCACUUCCUCUCUUAGUAUUUCCUUGUUACCUCCUGAAAUUCUUCCAAAUAAUCGGCGAUGAGGUAUUAAAAUUAGGGGCAAUGUUUAUAUCUUUGUAAAGUACUAAAAUUGAAGUGAAUGGACCAAACGUUGAGUCUGGUUUGGUUUGUUGUCC